UCCAAUAGUUGAAAGAUUACAAAAUAUGUAUAAAGAUAUUUUAAUAGGAGUUUAUAAAUCGUUUGCUUCUUUUAUUGGAGCGUGUGAAAUUGGAAGAAUAAAACAUUUAAAAUUCCCUUAUUGGAUGACCGGAGUAGACUUAUUGAAUGAAUUAAGGGCAAGUGUGAUAGAAGUAAUGAAAACCGGUCAUGACUAUUUAAUAAGUAACGAAUAUAAAUAUCUAACAAGGUGGGAUGAAUUUGAUUACAAGCUGAACAAAUGGAUGUACAAGAACUGCGACGCAUUCGAGUGGUCGGAAGGAAGAAAUUACAUCCGCGUGAAGAAUUACGUGGCGUACUAUGAGCAGAGGACCAAAUGGUACUUUGACCCAAACGCGGAUUACCUGGACACUAAGGAGCCGGAGUAUGAGUGCAACGGAUCAAGGGCGAACUUCAAUCCUUUGGAUCUGUCGCAGGGAAUCGUGUACAGCAUGUACUGUCCGAUUGUUUUCCUGGAGUAUUUUGACAGUGAAGAUACAAGUUGCCGGAAGUAUGGGUGGAACAAUGUCAGAGGAUACAAGAAGGAAAAUUGGACUUCUGCGUGCAUUCUGGGUGACCACAGCGAGCUGGAGAAGUUGUGUGCUUGCGAUAAACAAGUUGACAAUGACAUCAGCGUUCGUCUGCUGAGUUUGAGAGAGUAUUACACCAACAGCUCGGACAAUCGAGUCGUCACGGGGAUCAGGUUUGCCGUUGAGAAGAAUGUGAUAACGUUGCAAAUCCAAGAAGGACAUCUGGUCAAUGGAGAAAUUGAUCCAAGCUCCGUUAAAUGGAGAACUGACGGUGGUCAUCCCGCAGAUGGACCGACUCAGAUUGUUCGGCUUAGUUACAAGAUUCGCGGGUUCAAUUUAGACGACAUCAAAAUGCCCGAUGGACAAUUCGUCACAGGAGUUAAGUUUGUCGUGACGAAAGAUGAUCGAAUAUCAAUAGCAGUUCGAGGAUCGGUGAUGUACAACAGUGAAGGUAGCUUCUAUUCAUCGUCUGUUGGAGACCGUUGGUUUUAUCCUUCCAAGAUAAAUUCCACUGAUAGAAUGAAUAUCGACAUAAGUGCAAGAAAGAAUCCUCGAGAUUCCGAGCUGACCUACGAAUUGAGCAAGACAGGCCAGCACUAUGUAAAUUUAACGGUAUCUUUGUUCUCUGAGAAGAGUCACAACGCAGCAAUAGUUCCUUUCUUAGACUCUCGCCCUGUAGUAACUCUACCACCAGCUCCAAUCAGUGGCCUAGGAUUUUACUACAAAGGCACACCCGAUUACGCUGGAUUUUUGUCAUUCAAGUACAUUACUUCCCGGUUCAAACGUUUUUCUCAAUCGCCAGUAGUCUCUAUUAUCUCUAAUCAUACUCUCAAUUAAUAAGUACGACCUCCAAAUUUUAUUAUUCAAUUUAUAUUUUAAUCUUCAUUUUCCUUGGUAUUUUUCAUAUGAAAAUAUACUGCUUAAACCAUGAAAGACCUUGGUGAUGGUCAUGAGCACCAAUUGUAUCAUUAUCAAUUGAAUUUAUUUUUUGACGACUCUACCAACUAAUUAAUGGUAAAUCAACUCGUCG